GUCUAUUGCUCAUGCCCAGUAAAGCGAAACUACUUUCAUUUUCCUGUAGAUCUCUUGCAUGGAGAUGUUACAGUGAUUUCUCACGUCACUUUAUACAGAAACCUUUAAUUUGACUGUACCCGUAUGCUCCCGCAGGAUUUACUAGCAACAAUUUCACGAAAAUUCCUUUGUGUUUUCCACAACUACAUGGAGGAAAUGCCAUAAACAGCACAGUGAAUGCAAUCACUUCCUUAUCCAGAGAAUGUGCAUUGUUUCUACAGGCCUGGAUCUGCUCCUGUGUGAGAUGGGACGGCAGCAAGGUGUAUAUUAGAAUCCAGUGAGAGCAGGUUGCAACAUGCAUCCGAGCGGCUUAAAAAAUCAAGGAACAGAUAUAGCACCUUCUGCUUCAGGUUUUUCCAGAGCUGAAAGCUCAGUGGAUGAACUUAGUGUAAUGUAUCCCAUCACUACUGAGACAGAUAUUGAUAUUACUGCUGUAUUAUUGCCAUCUGGAGGUAUUCAAAGCCAUCAUCAUGCCAUGAGGACCGCAGUCAGUGAGACACAGCCUCCUGCUUUUGCCUUACCACCAAUCAAUUCCCAUCAAGACAAGCCUAGAUUACUUCUGAAAAUGCAGCCUGCUAUGAAAGACACCAAUGGCAGUUCAACUCUACCAUUUAGUCUUGGAACACACUUGGGUUCACUAGUUAUGGAAGGCGUCCCACUAGAGAAAUUUCUUGAAGAGAAGCAGACAAAGAAACCAGGUGUAUGUGAGGAACAUGCUGAAUCUUUGGGUAAACCAGAGCAUAUGAUAUCUGAAGAGCUUGGUUUUUAUUAUUCAGAUUUACAUAUUAAGGCAGAAAAAAAUCCACAAGAUAUCCUUUCCGUGCUGCAGAAUACUGAUAAGACAAGUCUUCAGAGAGAAUGUAGAACCUUUAUGACAUCUGAAGGUCCUAAAAUAAUACCCAUUGACAAGACAGAAUGUCCUGACCUGUACUGCGGUGAACAUGAUAAUAAUGGGGGAAUUAUGAAACCCCCAACCUAUGUAAACUAUCAGGAUCAAACACUUAAAAGAGAAGAGACAGUCUCUGAUGAACAAAACCAAACUGCUACAAUACCAGAACAGUUUGUAAAGGGAGAAAAAUGUGUUGAUUUAUUAAAAGAUCAAGUAAUAACCAGUGACUCAGACACCAAAUAUAAAUUUGAAACAAAUAGACUGAAUCCACAAGAACAAUCCAUGCAAAUACAUUUCUUGCCUAACAGCGUGUAUGGUAGCAUACCCCAAGAGAAUGACAACAAUAAUCUGUAUGAAGCAACUCACAUUGAAGUUAAUGAAAAAGCACCCAAAAAUGAUCAUUACGGUAUUAAUAAAAGGACAGUAUUUGAAGAGACUAAAAUUGAAGAAAAUGGAAAUAAUUACCAAAAGCUACACGGUAGUAAAAACAAAAGUGUUCAGAGUGAAGAGCCUGAUGUUCAAGAAGAUGACGUUAUACAGACAAAUGAUAAUUAUGCUGUUAACACAAGAGCCAUAUGUGAAAAAACCCAAGUUAAGGACAACAUUUAUAGAAAGGAUCAAUGUGGAAUGAAUAAAAGCAUGCAGUUUGAAGAGACUAAAGGGGGACAAGUGGAAAAUAUUGACACACAGUAUAAUACUGUUGAUAAAAGUGACCAACUGGAAGAGAUGGAAGUUGGAGAGAAUUCUGUGAAAGAUCAACCCAUCCCUUGGCUUAAAGACACGGGGCAGAAGGGCACACAUAGUACCUGUCCUGUUGAACUAGACCUGGAUGUUGAAGAUGUUAAUAAACACAGAAAUUAUAUUAAUGCUGUUAAUAAAAAAGCCAAGUUUGAAGUGGCUAAUUGGAGAAAAGUGGAGUAUGUACAGGAAAAACAUCAUGAUAAUCUCAGUAAAAAUAAAAUAAAUGGCAAGGCUCAGGUUGGAGAAGGUAAGAACAUACAAAAGAAAGAGCAUUCUGUAAAUAAAGGUGAUGUGGAAGAUAACAAUAAAGACCAAGUUGAAACUAAGAAUUCACACAGAACAAAUCAUCAUCCUAGCAAAAAUGAAAUGCUCAAAGAGACUCAAGGUGGAAAAGAUGAGAAUAGACACAAAAAGAAUAAUUUUGUUGACAAAAGUGACCAAUUGGAUGAGAUGGAAGUUGAAGAGGAUCCUGUGAAAGACCAAUUCAUCCCUUGGCUCAAAGACUCCGGGCAGAAGGGCACACAUAGUACCUUCACUGAAAGGUCUGUUAAAGUAGAAUCAGAUGUUGAAGAUGAUAAUAUACACAAAAUUGAUAUUUAUACUUUUAAUCUAAGUGCCAUAGAUAAAGAAACUCAAGUUAAGGAAAAGGUUUGUAAAAUGGAUGAGUGUGGAAUGAAUACAAGUAUUCAGCUCAAAAAGACUCAAGGGGCGCAAAUGGAGAAUGUUGAGGGAAAGGAUAAUUAUGUUAUCAGUAAUAAUGACAUGUAUGACGGGGCUCAGGAUGUAGAAGAAAAAAACAUACAGAGAAAGGGUCAUUCUGUAAACAAAUGCAAGACGGAAGAUAUAAAAGACCAAGAGGCUGAGAGUUUAAUCAGAACAAAUCAUCAUGCUUUCAAAAGUGAAGUGUUUCAAGAAGAUCAGGAUGGAGAAAAUGAGAAUAUACACACAAUGUAUAACUCUACUGAUAAAAGCGACCAAUUGCAAGAGAUGAAAGAUGUAGAGGAUUCUGUGAAAGACCAACCCAUCCCUUGGCUUGAAGACACAGGGCAGAAUGGCACACAUAGUACCUUUAAUGAAAGUCCUGAUAACCAACACCCAGAUGUUGAAGAUAAUAAUGUACACAGAAAUUAUAUUUACACUGGUAAUAUAAGUGUCAAAUGUGAAGAAAUUCACAUUAAAGAAAAGAUUAAUGGAAAGGAAAACUGUGGAAAAGAUAAGAGUAUUCAGUUUGAAGAGACUCAAGGGGGGCAAGUAGAGACUGUACAGAGAAAAGCUCCUAAUGAUAUCAGUAAAAAUGACAUGUAUGAGGGGGCUCACGAUGAAGAACAAAAAAACAUACAUAGGAAGGAACAUUCUGUAAAUAAAGGUGACAUAGAAGGUGAGAAUAAAGGCCAAGUGGAAGCUAAGAACUUACACAGAACAAAUCAUCAUGCUAUCAAAAGUGAAAUGCUCAAAGAGACUCAAAGUGGAGAACAUGAGAACAUAUACACAAAGGAUAAUACCACUGAUAAAAGUGACCAGUUGAAGGACAUAGAAAUAGGAAAAGAACUUGUGAAAGACCAACCUACCCCUUGGCAGAAUGACACAGGGCAGAAUGACACACAUAGUACCUUCACCGAAUGUCCUGUUGAACUAGGCCCAGGUACUGAAGAUGAUAAAGUUAAAUCCCUGGAAGAAAGCAAUAUUAUUACAAGUGCUCAGUUGUCGGUUAUUGAUUGUGGUUCAGCUAGCCGGUGCACAGUCCAAGCUGAAGAUCAAUCAACAUCUAAGACAGAUAAAAAAGAUGAAGAAAUGGCAACUCCUCAUGUUUUUAUCAAGACACCAACACAAGAUACAUAUGGAAAGAUCAUUCGGGAAAGAGGACUUUCCCUUUUAGAAGAUUUAAGGAGAAAAUAUUUAGACUCUGAAGGUCAUGGGUUCAUCCUGUUAGAUUCUGGAAUGGUUUUAACUGGAGAGGACAAUCAGAGAGAGCAAAAUAUUGCUUUUGUUGCACUGAGAAAUGGAUUAAAACUGGCAAUGGCAAUUCCCAUAUCUGGUCUUUUCCUCUAUUACAACUUGGGACUCCAUUUUUAUAUUACUGAACAGCUGAACGAGGACUGGUAUUGUGUAAAAGACAGAAUAACCCAAGAAAGGAUGCUCAUGAAAAAGGUCCCAGUUACCUCCAGCUGGGGAAAACCACUGAAUAAUUUCCUGUCCCUCCUGCAUCACCCCCGGCUCCUGGUCCCAUAUGCUGUGCUGUAUGACAGAAAUGGAUCCAUUCACUAUCUCAUGGAAUACAAGCACGUCUUGGCAAUGGGGAGACCCCCACCAGGACGCCAAUUUGAUAAGGAAAAGUCGUUUUGGGAGGUGGUGGCGUUUUUGAGUUAUUGCAAACAAAAUGGUCUGUUUCCUCCCAACAUUCAAGAAAUAAUACUGUACACAGAACAGGGAGUUUGUUUUGAUCCCAGCGGGCUCUGUAAUUCUGAAGAUCCCUGCAUUUUAAAGAAAAGUAUUAAAAGUGUUUUAUUACUUUUCUUGGGCAGUGAACAUCAGGAACACUUGGAUCGAGAGUCGGAACUCUUGCUUGAGAGAGCAUACCAGUGCUUGGAGGACGACAUGGGGUGGCCAGAGCAGCUGGUCCCAGACACUGGCCUUUCCCUACAGAGAGCCGGCCCUAUACCCUUUUCAUUUCCUUGUUUUUCAGCAGGAAACUGAAUAGAUAGACAUUCGGAAUAAGAGUCCUUGGUUUUCCUAUACUAUACCCUGAAUUCCUACAAUCUACAAUCAGCAUAUAAAACAUUGAAUUAAUUGCUCAAAUAGUUCUUUGAUUGCAAAUAAUCUUUUUAAAUCUGACUUUGCUACUCAAACUGUUAAUAUUGAAAUUAAAACUCUAUUAUUUUUAUAAAGCUUUUAUAGGGGUGCCAGGGUGUCGCUUUCUAUCAUGUGGGCUGCAAGAGUUUGACAUAUCUGGACUGUUUACAAAGUAACCAGAGGCCUAACAGUAGAGGCAGCAGCUCCUGGGACUGCUUGUUGGGCCCUAGGGAGGGCAAUAACUGAUACACAGUUCAAUAUAUAUGUCUUAUUCCCAAAGUUAAGGGGGCCUUAAAACGAUUAUUGUGUGGGGCAAACUAGCUAGCAACUUAGCUAUUCAGAUCAAUCUUUGGCUGGUGGAUUUAUGUCUGUAAAAUAAUGUUCUUAAUGUUUCUUGCUCUAUAGUGGACAACGGGUUCAACUGGAUUUUUAUACUGUCACUUUAACUAUGCAUUAAUAAUGAUAACCAAAAUUCUUUCAUUCUGCCUGCCCCAGGAUAUAGAACAUGACUACAAAUUGUUUGUUCAAAUGGCGUCUUUGGUGUUAGAAGAAAGAGAAGCUUUGACAAAACAGUGGGCAAGGUGAAAAAAAGGAGCCCAAAGACCCCUGUUUUUAGUACUUAGCACCUUGCCCAGAGGCACAGCUCAGUGGUGUAACUACCAAGCAGCAGGCCCUGUGGCUGGAGCAUGGGGGACAGGGGGGCUAGGACAAAGGGUCUGCAGUAUGGUAGCCCCCCUUAUCUGUGAACUAAAGUUCGCUCACCACAAGUAAGUGAGUUGCGGGGCGUCAGCCAACCAGAUUGUGCGUGAGAUUGUUUUUGCUGGAGGGGGCCCGUUCUGCCAUUAGCACAACUUUUUGUGCACUAGAAUAAAAGAGCUGUGCAUUGUUCUGAAUACAGCAUUGCCUGGAUCUGCAAUUAUUUUGAGGAGACUGGUGGUGGGCAGUGUGCAUCCCCUAAAAUACCCCCUAGCUUGGGUGUUAUUUAGACAUGCAAUCUAGGAAGUGCCAGGGGUAGCAGGGUGAGGGUCUUAAGUAUAGGGCUGCCUUGUGGGCAACAGUGACCUGGUGGUGCAAAGUGCAGAUAGUAGGCUGCACAGACUGGGCACAAGUAUUGGCCUGGGUGCAAGUGUUAUGUAUAUGGGCACUAAAGCGCUCUUGCACCCAGGCUAAUAGUAAAUGAGCUCCUUAUACAGAUAGAAUCAGUGGCUAGAAUGUGUUUAUAAAUAGUGACCUGCUGUUAAGGUCUCCCCAGGUUUCUAGCAGGACAGCGGCAAAGGCCUAUUUUCUCAAGACCUUCAGGUGAAAAUCUCUCAUUAUCUCACAGAGUAGCACUGACUUCUAACUGCAUCCCAUUGUAUUGUUUUACCAACUGCUAAAAUGAACUAAUCAGUCAUUUCUUUCUGGAUCUGCAUUUAUGAUUUUUGGGGACUAUAAUAAAAAAACUGCUAAUGAAAUUAAA